UUUUGUCAGAAUCACCUGUGGCUCAUCAGAGGACGACCAUGAGUCUAUGGACUAACCUCAGGCUCCUCCUGCCCCUGAUGCUCCUGCAGUGGACCACAGGACUGACCCCCAUCCCAGAGAGUCUGGAGGUUUACUCCGGGGCAAACGUGCUCCUGUCCUGCUCCGCUCCUCCAGACACUGACCUGGACGAUGUGAUUCUGGAGUGGACCCGAUCUGACCUGGAAGACACCAACGUGUUCCUGUUCAGAGACGGACGGCCCUACCUGUCCUACCAGCACGAGCAGUUCAGAGGUCACGUAGAGCUCCAAGACCCCUCCCUCCAGAGUGGAGACCUGUCAAUCAUCCUGAAAGACGUCGCUCUGCAGGACAGUGGGAAGUACAGGUGCCACGUCAAAAGCUUAUUACACGUCAGGAAACGCUCUGUGUUCAACACACCGCCCAUAAAAGUCAUCGACCUCAAAGUGCUGGGGCCAGAGCCUGAGAGGAUCCAGGCGCAUCCUGGACAAGACGUGGUCCUAAAGAUGGCGCCCGUGGACUUCCCCGUGUCCUCCUUCAUGUGGAAACGCCCAGAGGAUCAGGAGCACUUUGUGUUUCUCCACGGCAUGGGCCACCCGCACCACCAACACCCCCAGUACCAAGACCGGGUCCAGUUCAAGAACCAGGACCAGACCCCAGACCAGGUCAAAGACCUGUCCGUGAUCCUGCGCAGAGUCCAGCCCAGCGACAGCGGAACCUACCAAGGCUACAUCGUCCAAUCACAACAGCGCAGGAAGAGAGACGUCCACCAAUCAGAGCCCGUCAAAGUGAUCGUCUUAGAGGUGGCAAGUGGAGGUUGCAGGUUCGAGGCUGGAGUUGGCGUUGUGGCGUCUGUCUUCAUCUCGUUGAUUCUUCAGUUUUUUAGAUAGAAAACGUGUCAUUUGUUUAUUUGACUUUGACUUGAGAAUGUAAAACUUAAAGACGAGGUAUUAUGCAAAAUGUACUUUUCUGAGCUCAAUUCAAACCCUCCCUGUGGUUAUCAGUACAAGCCUGUACGAGGCUCCGCCCACAAUAACAGAUUUUAUAUUAUUACUGUAGUGCAAAGAUGUUUUAGAUUCUGCUUCAUUCCAAAGGUUAAACUCUCUCAGUUUGACUCAGUUUAAACACAUCUGAGCCUCGCCGUUUCUCUGUGAUCAGUUUAAAGAUAAAAGGAGUUCUGACAUUGGCUCCUGUCGUAUAAUAGUAAAAGAGCCAGUC